CCUAGAAAUAAGAAACAGAAAUCCAACACCGAAAACGAUCUCGCUUUUUUCCCUCCUCCUUUCUCUUCUGUCAGAUUCGGUUCUAGAACGACCCGCUCCGAAAUUUCUUUCUGUCAAAACCUCUUGAAUUCGUCUUGGCUUCCACUCUCUCCCUUCCCUCGGUCCCUCCUCCCAUCAUUGACAGUUGACUCCGCCUAUUGCACGGCUUUGUUUUCUUAUCCUAAUAAAACUAUAAAAGUCGUGAGAGAUUAGGGUUUAAGGUCAUCUCCUGAUCCAUCUUGGCUAGGGGGUAUCUUUUUCUUAAUCCAAUCAUGCUUCUGCGUUCUGUUAAUUGAGACCUUCCCUUCAUUAGAUUUCGAGCUUCUUAAUUUGUUCAUACCUAAAACUGGGUCCUAAUCCUUUUAGUGAAUACCGUUUUGAAUUUUGUUCCUUAUUGUCAAUUCUAAUUGGAGCUUCUGCUAAGUUUGUUGAUUUGAGAGAAUCUAUUUGGAGGAGCUAUCGGGUGGGCUUGUAGCGUUGCCGCGGUUUUUUCAGGAUCAAACCUCCAAUUUACUGCAUUUGUAGUGGUAUAUUUUCUUAUUAUCCAUGGAGUUCUCUGUUUCGGAUGAAUUAUUGGGAACUUUUGUGCCGAUUAUAGUUUAUUGGCUUUAUUCCGGUAUCUAUAUCUUGUUGGGAUCCUUUGACAAUUAUCGGCUGCACUCGAGGAAAGAUGAGGACACUAAGAACCUGGUUUCUAGAAGGACUGUUGUCAAGGGUGUUCUUCUUCAACAGACCGUUCAAGCUAUUGUUGCGAUUCUUCUCUUCACUGUAACAGGAAAUGAUAAUGAGACAGCCAAGGAUCUGAAACUGAACUUCAUUGUCCUAGCAAGGCAAUUCUUGAUUGCAAUGCUGGUUUUAGAUACAUGGCAAUAUUUUAUGCACAGAUACAUGCACCACCACAAGUUCUUGUACCGGCAUAUUCAUUCUCAACAUCAUCGGCUUGUUGUACCAUAUGCCUUUGGAGCUCUAUACAACCACCCUUUAGAAGGGCUUCUUCUAGACACUAUAGGUGGGGCCCUAUCUUUCCUACUCUCUGGUAUGUCUCCCCGAGCCUCCAUCUUCUUCUUUUCCUUUGCCACCAUGAAAACAGUUGAUGACCACUGUGGGUUAUGGCUUCCUGGGAAUUUGUUCCACGUAUUCUUUAGCAACAAUACUGCAUAUCAUGAUGUCCACCAUCAGCUAUACGGCAGCAAGUACAACUUUUCACAGCCGUUCUUUGUUAUGUGGGAUAGAAUUCUUGGAACCUACAUGCCUUAUUCACUUGAAAGGAGAGCAGGUGGGGGAUUUGAAGCACGUCCAACGAAUGAAAACAAGGCCGAUUGAUUUCCUAGCAAGUUGCAUGUAUAAUGAAAUGAAUCUUUUCUAAUAACAGUGUUUAUAUGCCACGAUGCUUACAUCAUUUGUGUAUAUAGAGAUAUAUACUUUAUUGCGUAUAGUUUUAAUUUUCGAAAGCCAGUAGCGGAAUGGAAUGGAGUAUUCUAUUA